AGAGGUAGAAGGCAGUGGGGACAUAAAUAGUGGGAUUUCAAAGUUUGAGUAGUGUAGCACUUAAUUUUAAAACGUUUAUUUUUUCUUUCGAGAAUUAACGAGUGUCAUUAUUAUUUGUGCGAUAUUUAUAUUGUUGGUUGUAUUUUUGUGUGUUAAUAUGAACACAAAUGUGUUGAAAAAAGACAAGAGAGAAGGCGUUUCUUAUCCCAUAAUAGAUCUUGAACACGAGCGUCCAUGCUUGGCAAAUGAGAGCGUUGGAGUGAGAGAUACCGUUGACACUCGUGAGGAAGGCAGGAGAAUGAGCCGUAGGAAGAAAGCAAAGGUCGAAUAUCGUGAGAUGGAGGAAAAAUACAGUCAGCUAUUGGACGAGGAAGAUGUGUCAGAUGCAUCUGAGAAGUCUAAAGCUGGGGGUACUGCAACUCCAGAAAAGAAGUUGACUUCUGUUCCAGAACCUAUGAAGAAGGAAAUUUCAUUACCACCGGAUCAACCUCCUGGUGCUACGAUUGCGCCUCCAGUCAAUGCAGUAAAGGCAGAAAAGGAUGAAGAAGUGGAACCAGAUUCAGAGCAGGAUGACCCAACUGGUUUGGAAGGAGCUGCAUUUCAGAGUCGAUUACCAUUCGAUAAGAUGAUAGCUACUGAAGCUGCUGGUUUCCCUGAUGUUGCCCAGGGACCACCACAGACUUUGAAAGUAUUCUUGCACAUCAGAAACAGACUGUUGCAGCUUUGGCUAGAGAACCCAAAACAGCAGUUGCUGUUUGAGAAUGCUCUGUCUCAGAUUGAACCUCCUUACAACAGCGAUGGACCAUUAGUCAUGCGAAUCCAUGCAUUUCUUGAAAGACAUGGCUUUAUUAAUUUUGGCAUCUUCAAGAGAUUUAAGAGUCUUCCUGCAAAGAAGCAUGGUAAGGUCAUUGUGAUUGGAGCAGGCAUUGCUGGCUUGGCAGCUGCUCAGCAAAUGCAACAGUUUGGAAUGGAAGUAGUUGUGCUGGAGGCAAGGGACCGAGUAGGAGGUCGGAUUGCUACAUUCCGUAAGGCUAAUUACAUUGCUGAUCUUGGUGCAAUGGUGGUCACUGGCCUGGGAGGAAAUCCAGUAACUGUUCUCUCCAAACAAAUCAAUAUGGAACUACACAAGAUCAGGCAGAAAUGUCCUUUGUAUGAAUCAAAUGGAAAUACUGUUCCAAAGGAUAAAGAUGAAAUGGUGGAGAGAGAAUUCAACCGUCUCUUAGAGGCAACAAGUUAUUUGUCACAUCAGCUGGACUUCAAUUAUGCUGGUGGUAAACCUGUCUCACUUGGACAAGCUUUGGAAUGGGUCAUCAAAUUACAAGAGAAAAAUGUUAAAGAAAAACAGGUACAACAUUGGAAAGCUGUGAUAGCUCUUCAAGAAAGAUUAAAAACUAAUCAACACAGAAUGUUAGCCCUGCGAGAGAAGAUUGAUGAGCUGAAUAAACAAUAUAAGGAACAGUGUGAGAGCAAAGGUCCAAGAGACAUUACUCAAGAGUUUGUUUUACGUUCAAAACUAAGGGAUCUUAAUAACUCCUGCCGUGAAUGGGAUCAGUUGUCAGAACAACAGAGAGAAAUCGAAGAUAAACUACAAGAAUUGGAAGCAUCACCACCAAGUGAUGUAUAUCUGUCAUCACGGGAUCGCCAGAUUUUGGACUGGCAUUUUGCAAAUCUGGAAUUUGCUAAUGCUACACCCCUCACCAAUCUUUCUUUGAAGCACUGGGACCAGGAUGACGACUUUGAGUUUACUGGAAGUCAUCUGACAGGCAAGAUAAAUUAUACAGACAUUUCUGCUUAUGUGUGCUUGCUUAUGCCUUCUUACAUUGUAUGUUUUCGUGUGAAAUAUGAAGAUACUGGUUGCUGUGAGAAUGAGAUGCCUGUUGUAUACACCAAGCUCAUUGACUUUGCUUAG